AUGCAGCGAUUAAAUGAGGGCGGCAGGCAGCAGGCGGAGGCGGCCGUCGCGGAGGCAGUGCGCCGGAAGCUCCAGGCCGCCGUGGAGACGGAGCACACGUACCGCCACAUCCUGGCCUUCACCGCCUUCAUGGCCGCCUACCUGACGGCGCUCGGCCUGUCCGACCAAGACCUGCCCUCCGUCUGCCUCGCAGGCGGCGCCACCAGCGCCCGGUUUGGCAGCAGCGGUGAGGUGCUGGAUUACAUCGAGGGCAGGCUGGUGGCGCCGCACUGGCGCGACCCCGUGUGCGGUGACGGCGCCUGCGAGGCGCCCAUUGAGUUUGCGGCCUUUGGGAGGUUUGGGUGCAAGGCAGACUGCGGCGUCGAGCCAAACACCACCCGCCUCCUCGUCAAGGUUCGCAGCAACUUUGGCGGGCACCCACUGCUGGCGCCGCGCCUGCUGAUGGCGGCUGCCCGCUGGAACGUGUGCUUGAUGGAUGCGGCGCGGCGGCAGCGAGGGGAUCCAGACCUCUGCUGGUUUGAGCGGGACCAGGUGUUCACAGAGGCAGCUGCCACGCGGCUGGAGACCAUGGACGUCAUCGAUGGCAGCUGGUACGUGGCGGUACAGGGCGACUACGCGGGGCGGGUGCAGGGCGCGGUCUACUCCAUGCAGGACCCCGACAACCCCAAGCAGCUCACCCUGCAGGCAGGCCGCUGCCAACCAUAG